UAUACAUUCCGGCUUGACACGUUCAGAAUAAUUAGAUUAAUCUAGAUUGUUGAUUUAAACUGAUUUAUAUUGAUAAAUAGCCCUACAUGUACGAGGAAAAAUAAUAUGUUUUUACAGGGGCUGAGGUGUCUGGUUUUAUUUUGAUAGGCCGGCCAGCGGAACCUUUUUCUUCUGGUCCACAUAACUUUGAACCGCUGCGAGCAGAGUGAUGUCGUUUUGUAGCUUCUUCGGUGGAGAGGUCUUUAAAGACCAUUUUCAACCAGGGGUUUACGUAUGCUCCAAGUGUGAUCAUCAGCUGUUCAACAGCCGCUCCAAGUACGAACACUCCUCUCCCUGGCCAGCCUUCACACAGACCAUCCACGAGGACAGUGUGUCUAAACAUGAGGAGAGACCUGGGGCAUAUAAGGUGCGAUGUGGGAAAUGUGGAAAUGGACUAGGCCAUGAGUUUGUGAAUGAUGGGCCAGCCAAAGGGGUUUCUCGCUUUUGAAUAUUCAGCAGCUCACUGAAGUUUGUCCCUAAAGAUAAGGUUGAUGGACAGUAAGGUGAGCUGCUAGAGGGACGUUUUGGACUUGUAAAGGUUUCUCUGUGCUGCUGGAUGUGUGGACAGUGGAUGAAGUGUUCUGGGAUAAAGCCCAAUCUGGGAGUGCCAGGGCUCUGAUGAAAGAUGGCCACGCUGGACAGCAAGAACAAAGGGCUGGUCUCAACUCCUUUUUAUUAUGCAAUCAUCACCAUCUUAGGAUAACCUCACUGAUUACACAAUCACUGUCUUAUCAGUUUUACAUUUCUAUACAGGGUUUGUAAAGUUUUUU